AAAAGUUGGGUCUCUAUGACUUAAUUGGGCUUUGCCUUAACUAAAGUAAUUGCGCAUGUGAUGGCAUCAAAUAACACGAAUAGUCAUUUCAUCAAUCUGCGAUAUAUCCUCGAGACCCAAAAACUCUUUGGGGAAAACUUUCUUGAUUGGGAGAAGAACCUCCGAAUCGUUCUUGACUGUGAGAGGAAACUCUACAUCCUCGAAACGGAUCCUCCCAAGACCCCUGAGUAUGACUGCGAAACUCCAAAGGCUCCACGCGGAAAUGCAAGCGCGUCCUAUGAUACAACACUUGAGAGACCUAUACCAGGGUCAACCCAAAAACUCAGAAUCUGCAUGAAGUUAGACAUUUGGCUGAGGGAGAAGUCCAGCUUAAGGACCUUCUUUCACUUGGCAUGGAGUGAGAAGCAGUGGCAAUGUCACUGUGCGGGCCUUAUUCAAUCCUUUGACAGCAAACUGAAUGGAUGGUACCAGAGGAGCCUUGAUCAUGCUGGAAGACUAGUUCUCAUCAACCACGUCCUGAACACCAUUUCUAACAACUUCCUUGGUACCAACACCAUUCCCACAUCCAUUUGUAACAUGCUAGAACAGAAGAUGACACAUUUUUGGUGGGGAGGUGGGACCAAACAUCACUGGACGAAGUGGGAGGAUCUUUGUCUCCCUAAAGAGGAAGGGGGCAUUGGGACAAGAAGACUCAAAACCCUAGAAGCUGCUUUCUCCCUCAAACUGUGGUGGAAGGUGCACCAUGCGAAUAGCAUAUGGGCCAGAUUUAUGAGGGCUAAAUACUGGCGAGAAGGUAACAUGGAAGCUCACUUGAUUGACUCCUCAAUUUGGAAGAGAAUCACAAGAGUUGAUGACCUUGCAAGCUCCCUUUGUGAUUUCCAGGAUGAUGGCACUCCAAUAUGGAAUCCCGAACCUCAGGGGUCUUUCUCUCUCAAAUCAGCUUAUAAUCACUGUCGUGCCACUUCUAAUGUCUCCAAAGCCUUCCAAUUUAUGUGGGAUCCAUCACAAAACCCUAAAGUUAGCAUCUUUAUGUGGAAGAUUUAUACACGAUCUCUAUCUACGCCAGACAAUCUUCAAAAACUAGGCUUUCAGCUCCCCUCGGUUUGCCCUUUAUGCAUGCAUGCCAACUACACCAUUAAGCAUUGUCUCAUUGAUUGUCCAAAUAUUACCAUGGUUUGGGAGCAUUUCUCCAGGUGUCUUGGCUUUACUCACUCCUCCUCUCCUACCAUAAACCAACAUCUCAUGAAUUGGUGGUUGAGAGGAAACAAUAAUAUAUAUGGUUUUCUUAGAAAACAUAUCCCUUCUAUCAUAUGCUGGCAUAUUUCGAAAGAGCUUAAUGAGAUCAUUCAUGGUGAGAUACACCGAGUAAAUGCAUAUAAGCUGAUUGACAAGAUCUCCAACUACAUUCGGCAAUGGCUACUGGUCAAAACACCAAACAAAAUUCGGACUCAUGAUGCAUGGCUGUUUGCCAUGAAAAUUAUCCCACAGUUUACGAAAGAAAAGCAGGUGCGCAUAAUCAAAUGGAUGGCUCCUCCAACGGGCAGGCUCAAGCUUAAUGUGGAUGCAUCAUUCACUAUAUCUAACCAACGAGGGGCAGUCAUAUUGCGGGAUGAGAAUGGAAGAUUUGUUAGGGCUGCUACUUUUAGUCUGGCAUCACGCACUCCCUUUCAAGCAGAAGUUGCGGCUGGAAUCGAGGCGAUCAGCUGGGCACUCAAGCUACACUCCUGGCUUAUCUAUGAGACAGAUGCCCUAGACAUCAUCAGGCACUUAACCACAUACUCUACUCCCGAUGGAUCCCCGUUUGGAAUCGAUGUCUUACGUUGUGCCGGAUAGAACAGCCCCCGGGGGUCCCGAUGGACAGCAUCAUCGUAAAUAAGCAAGAAAUGCUCGGAACAUAU